GUGUUGACAUACUUUUUUCAGAUUAAUUUAUUUUAUUAACAGAAACUCUGGUUAAUAAUUCAAUCAGAGCACACACAAAUUGCGUUUACGCAUUUUAUGUCAGUCUCUGUACAGCACUUGCAAAGUAAGUACUUUUUAUAUAACAAAAUGGUAUUAUCUUCAACACUGGCACGUUUAGUACGCCAUUCCUCCAUUUUGACAAAAUCAAAUUUCGUUCAAACGACGUCGUUCGGCUUUACCGGAGCAAUAGCACAGUCACAAUUUGGAUUUCGUAGCGUACGGUUCGCAAGCAGUAAGGGAGUUAAUAAAAUGGGUUUGCCUCGUGUAUUCUUUGACAUGUCUGCUGAUGGUCAGCCUUUGGGACGUAUCGUAAUGGAGUUACGUGCCGAUGUGGUACCUAAGACUUGUGAAAAUUUCCGUACCCUAUGCACUGGUGAGAAGGGUUUCGGUUACAAGGGUUCCUGUUUCCAUCGCGUUAUACCAAAUUUCAUGUGUCAAGGUGGUGAUUUUACUAACCACAAUGGCACUGGUGGCAAGUCCAUUUAUGGUAAUACCUUCAAAGAUGAAAACUUUGAUUUGAAGCACACUGGUCCUGGUAUUCUUUCAAUGGCUAAUGCUGGUCCAAAUACCAAUGGUUCUCAAUUCUUUAUUUGCACUGAUAAAUGUGAAUGGUUGAACGAUAAGCAUGUUGUCUUCGGAAAGGUUGUUCAAGGCAUGGAGAUUGUUAAGAAAAUUGAAGGAAUGGGAUCAGAUUCUGGCAACACCAAAAGGAAGGUUGUCAUCUCUGAUUGUGGCGAAGUUAAAUAAACAAACGCUUUCAAUUUAUGUGCAUACAAAUUAACACUUAUUAAAAAUUUAAAUUUAAAUUUGUAUGCUCGCUGCUUUAUUCAUAUAACCAAAUUAAUUAAAGUUAAACGCAAUAAAAAAAAAAAAUAAAAGU